AUGACCAUUCAGCUAGCUAUGCCUCUCAACACGGCAGAUGGCUUAGCCAUAUUUAUUACAUACAUUCUACUAGCCACGGCCAUUGUGUUUGUCAGUGGAUCUGUUGUCUUGGCUAUCUUGACCACCAAGUCACUAAGAAAGGAGAACCGAUUCAUCUACAUGUUAAAUACCAGCAUCAGUGACCUAUUCACAGGGCUUGGAAUGUAUUACAAUGGCCUUUUUGAUGUCCGGGAAAGCUACCCACUAAAGAACAGUACUUACUUUAUACUACCCACCCUUCUGGGAAUUAACUUUCAGACCAUAUUUGUUGCCCAGCUGGAUCGGUAUGUGGCAAUCUGCCAUCCUUACUUCUACUGUAGGCAGAUCACCGAAUCUAGAACCAUUACUGUAUGCGUUUUCAUAUGGGUCUAUGCCUACUCCCUCACACUGACAUAUAACCUGGUUACACAAGAGGUGGCUGCCAGGAUAAAUGCAGUUACAAUACUAGGAGCCACCAUCGGCACCUUCUUUACCAUGAUAGGCCUGAACCUGAAGCUCUACCUCAUUGCCACACACCAGCUUUCCAGAGAACCUGAGCGUCGAGACAGAGACAGUAAGAAGGCAUCGCUGAGGCUCAUCAUUCUGGUCACGCUGACCUUUCUGACCCUCUGGUCUCCAGCUUUUAUUAAUGCAUGUCUGACCAACAUGAGCCCAUUUGGCAUCAGAUUUUAUAAUGGUGCCACAGACCCCUUUAGUUUUCUGCUCAGACUUAACCCGUUAACCACCCCAGUACUGUACAUCAGUGGAAGUCGGGCAUUAAAGGCAGCGGUUUUUACAAAAGUAUGGAAGCCUUGUUGCAAAACCAGGUGA